AUGCUUCUGUUUGUCCCCACUGACAGGUGAUGGAUUAUUUGCAGCCAUAGUCACAUCAGAGCCCGCAGCCCUGCUUUCCACACCUAUCCCACUGGCAGGAGCCUCUAUGGCUGUGAGGCUGGCGAAUGGCACAGGAAGGUGCUCAGGCCGAGUGGAGGUUCUCAUCCAGGGCACGUGGGGGACCGUGUGUGAUGACCUCUGGGACCUGGCCGAGGCCACAGUCGUGUGCCGCCAGCUGCAGUGUGGCCAGGCCAGGGAGGCCCCCACGGGUGCCCACUUUGGGGCAGGCUCUGGGAAGAUUAUGCUGGAUGACGUGCAGUGUGUCGGCAGUGAGAGUCACUUGGGGCAGUGUGUGCACAAGGGUGAGGCCGGGCACAACUGCGGGCACCUGGAGGAUGCCGGCGUCAUCUGUGCAGGUGCUGAUUCCACAGCUGCUUUGCCUACAGCCUAUAAGACCCUGCUUCCCACAUCCUUGGUGAUAUCAGCAGCUCAACACCCACCUUCUUCUGUACCUCCAGGAGGCUGGGCCCCUGUGCGGCUGGUAGGUAGCCACGGGAGGUGCGCUGGCCGCGUGGAGCUCUUCUAUCAGGGAGUCUGGGGGACCGUGUGUGAUGACCUCUGGGACCUGCCAGAAGCAAACAUCAUCUGCAGGCAGCUGGGAUGUGGCUGGGCCAUUUCAGCCCCGGGUGAGGCCCAUUUCGGGGAAGGCUCUGGGAACAUCCUCCUUGACAAUGUGCACUGCAGGGGAGAUGAACAGCACCUGGAGGAGUGCUCCCACAUCGGCUGGUUUUCCCACAACUGUGGACACACAGAAGAUGCCGGUGUGAUCUGUUCAGAUGCUGAAUACUCAACAGUCUCACUCUCAGAUCGCCCAUUGGAUGUCAUAGCACCAAAAAUGGCUGCAGAAAAAUCUAAGUGUGGCAGAGUUAUUACCAACUCAUCUGGAGCGAUUAGGAAUCCCCCGCGGAAUGAAAUGCAUGACAACAUAACCUGCGUGUGGCAAAUCAAGGCGAAUGCAUCUGAUCAUAUACUGCUGGCAUUUCCGUAUCUUAACCUGGACUGCACCAAUGAAUAUUUUGAAAUCCUGGACGGCCCUCCAUCCUCAGCAAAGUCCCUGGGGAAGACCUGCUCCGGGUCCUACCUCACCUACUCGUCCUCCUCCAGCUCAAUGACCCUUGUGUACUUCCGAAGCUUCAACAACAUAGGGAAAAACUUCAUUGCUUAUUAUUAUUCUGCACCCAAAGAGGCCGGUUCCCGGAUCCCACAUCUAAUCACAAUCCCAACAGCAACACCCAAGACAGUGACAGCAAGACCAGGGGACUGGCCAGAGCUGCGGCUGGUGGACGGCUCAGGUCGAUGCUCAGGACGCGUCGAGGUCCUCCACCAGGGAGCCUGGGGUACCGUAUGUGAUGACCUCUGGGACCUGAAUGAAGCCGAGGUCGUGUGCCGACAGCUGGGGUGUGGACGAGCCGUGUCUGCCCUGGGGAAGGCCCACUUUGGCCCGGGCUCUGGAAACAUCUUCCUGGACAACCUGCAGUGCUCUGGGGUAGAGCGCUACUUGGGCCAGUGUGCCCACUCGGGCUGGUCGGAACACAACUGUGGCCACCAUGAGGAUGCCAGCGUCAUCUGCUCAGAUGCUGAAGAAUCACUCAUUAAUAGUCCAGGGGACUGGCCGGAGCUGCGGCUGGUGGGAGGCUCAGGUCGAUGCUCAGGACGCGUCGAGGUCCUCUACCAGGGGGUCUGGGGCACCGUGUGUGAUGACCUCUGGGACCGACACGAAGCCGAGGUCGUGUGCCGACAGCUGGGGUGUGGACGAGCCGUGUCUGCCCUGGGGAAGGCCCACUUUGGCCCGGGCUCUGGAAACAUCUUCCUGGACAACCUGCAGUGCUUGGGGAUGGAGCACUACCUGGGCCAGUGUGCCCACUCGGGCUGGUCAGAGCACAACUGCGACCACCACGAAGAUGCCAGCGUCAUCUGCUCAGAUGCAGAAGAACUGCCUCCUCCCACACCUCAAGGUCUUUCCACAGCUUCUCAGGAUCAUAAAACAGGAGGAAGUAGCUCCUGCGGAGGGGUGAUGUCCGGUCCCUCCGGCUCCUUUUCCAGCCCGCUGUACCCAGAAAGCUACCCCACGGACGUCCAGUGUGUUUGGGAGAUUCACGUGGAGAAAAAGUUUCGCAUUGAACUCCUGAUUCCAACUCUGAACCUGGAGGAUAUCCUUGGAUGCCCUUAUGACUCCAUUGAAAUCUUCGACGGCCCCAGGAUUGCCUCGCUGUCCAUGGGGAAGUUCUGUGCCUCGGUAGCUGUGAUAUUUUUCUCCUCUUCAGACAUCAUGACUGUGGUGUUCCGAAGUGAUUCUAUGAUCACCAACACUGGCUUUUAUGCUCGAUUCAAUGUAAUUCCACAGGGUGAAGGAGAGCCAGAAAAUGGACCGGAGCUGCGGCUGGUGGGUGGAUCUGGACGGUGCUCAGGACGCGUGGAGGUCCUCCACCAGGGGGCCUGGGGCACCGUGUGUGAUGACCUCUGGGACCUGAACGAAGCCCAGGUGGUGUGCCGACAGCUGGGGUGCGGACGGGCCAUUGCAGCCCCUGGAAAGGCCCACUUCGGCCCGGGGUCUGGAAGCAUCCUCCUGGAUAACAUUCAGUGUUCGGGAAGCGAAAACCACCUUGGCCAGUGCCCCAGCUCCGGCUGGUCGGACCAUAACUGUGGCCACCAUGAGGACGCAGGUGUCAUCUGCUCAGAUGCUGGGGCCUGGACUCCAGAUGUGACCCCUGCAUCCCCAGCUCCCAUCCCUCAAGGGCCUACGCCACCACAAGGAGGAAGUAACUCUUGUGGGGGAGUACUUUCAGGCCUCCUGGGCUCCUUCUCCAGUCCUUGGUAUCCAACGAACUACCCCACUGAUGUGGAGUGUGUCUGGGUGAUGCAUGUGGCUGAGAAGUUCCACAUAGAACUAGUGAUCCCAAGCCUGAAAUUAGAGGACAUCUAUGGGUGCCCUUAUGACUUUAUUGAAGUGUUCGAUGGAUGGCAAGUUGCCUCACUCUCCGUGGGCAGAUUUUGUGCUGGGACAGAGCUCACAUUCCUCUCCUCUUCAAACAUCAUGACCGUGGUGUUCAGAAGUGAUGCUAUGAUCACCAACACAGGGUUUUAUGCUCUGUACAAUGCCAUUCAGCAAGAUAAAAGAGAGAAUGGUGCGUCCCUGAGACUGGUGAAUGGCAGUCACAGGUGUGAGGGCCGGGUGGAAGUCCUCUACAACAGUACCUGGGGCACGGUGUGCGAUGACAACUGGGACAUGACAGAUGCCAAGGUAGUAUGCCAGCAGCUCGGCUGUGGUGAGGCCUUAUCAGCCCCAGGUCAAAGCUACUUUGAUGGAGGCACUGGCCACAUCAUGCUGGAUGAUGUUCAGUGUAAAGGGAAUGAAGCCAAGGUGUGGCAAUGCACACACAACGGAUGGUUCUCCCACAACUGUGGGCACCACAAGGAUGCCAGUGUCAUCUGCUCAGGUGUUGAUGGCAGUCUGAAAGUAGAACCAACAGACUCAACUGGUGACAACGCAGCUACAGAUGAAAACUUCCAUUGUGGCGGCCUGCUCACAAAUAAUUCAGGCUCCUUCUCCAGUCCUUGGUAUCCUAAAAAAUACCCUAUAAAUGUGGUGUGCACCUGGGACAUACACGUGGAUCCCAGGGCUCAUAUCAAGCUCACAUUUGAAGUGGUGAAGUUGGAGAACUUCUACAGCUGUCCAUACGACUUCAUUGAAAUCUUUGACGGCCCGCAGAAUGAAUCCUUUUCUCUGGGCAAGUUCUGUUCUGGCACAACCCCAGUAUUCACCUCCUCCUCAAAUCGCUUGACAGUGGUCUUCCACAGCGAUGCUAUCGUCACCAACAUGGGCUUUUAUGCAUCCUACAAGUCUUUUGUGCAAGACGAGAACAAUACCGAUGUGGCCCUCAGGCUGGCCGGCGGCAGCCACCAGUGUGAGGGCCGCGUGGAGCUGCACUACAACGGCACCUGGGGGACAGUGUGUGACGACAGCUGGGACCUGCGUGAUGCCCAGGUGGUGUGCCGGCAGCUGUCCUGUGGCUGGGCGGUGUCGGCCCCCGGCAGGGCACAUUUCCACCAAGGCCUGGGCCCCAUUGCCCUGGACGACGUGCAGUGUGUCGGCACGGAAGCCACGCUGUGGCAGUGCCUGCACAGUGGCUGGUUCUCCCACAACUGUGGCCACCACGAAGAUGCCAGCGUCAUCUGCUCAGCCUCCCUGCCUUCCUCAGCACCAUCAUCUGCUACGAGUUACCCAACUUCAGCAUCUUUCCUGAAGAAGCCGACAGAGGUGCCCACAUCAGCAGAUUCUUCAACUGCUGGACAUCCAGGUAUCUAUGCUUCAGCUCCUGGGGAACAGCCACAUGUUUUCCAACCAAUAGCUACUGAAGCCGUCCCGGAUCCAGCAGAAACAACUCCUACAGUCGCAUCAGCCUCGGAAGAGACCACUUCGCCUGCCCCUGCCUCCAUUUCAGCCACAGAUUCGGUCCCUGCAACUGGCAUCAUUUCUACUUCAGCAGAAGUGACUUCUUCACCUGAAUCUUUUAGUGUUGCUGUAACCACCUUAACAGCUUCAGUAACAACCGCUGUGACCUCCACACCAGAUACUUCUUCAACCUCAGCAGAAGUGACCUCUCCCUCAGAUGUAUCCUCGACUUCAGUAGAAGUGGACACGCCCUCUGAUACAACUCCCACUCCAGGAGAAGAGGCCUCUUCCCCAGCCAUAAAUCUGAUUUCAACAACAGUGACAUCAUCACCUGUUACAGUUUCAGUUGGCGAAGACAUGAUUCCUUUACCUGAUCCAGACCUGCGCCUGGUGGGCGGGCGCAGCCGCUGUGAGGGCCGGGUCGAGGUCCGCCACCAGGGCGUGUGGGGCACAGUGUGCGACGACCACUGGGACAUUAGGGACGCCCGUGUCGUGUGCCGCCUGCUGGGCUGUGGCCCCGCACUCGCUGCUCUGGGACGCGGCCACUUCGGCCUGGGCUUGGGGCCCAUCCUGCUGGACGACGUGCACUGUGUGGGCACCGAGGACGCACUGGGCCACUGUCGCCACUCGGGCUGGGCGCGACACAACUGCCGGCACCGGGAGGACGCGGGCGUGGUGUGCGCAGGUCCAGCUGCCUCUGCUGUACCCAAGGGCAACGCCCGGCUCUCCUGCUUGCCUCACCUCUUCCAAGUCACCAUUGACCGAGGCUAUCUCCGGAGGCUGGGCUACUCCUCUUGGGACGUCCACUUAAAUGAUGAGCUGUGCCGCCCUCGAGUCACGGGACGAUACCUGAUCUUCAACAUUCCCUAUGGUCGCUGUGGCACCGUCAGACAGGUUUUACCUCAGAGCUUUCUACCCCAGGAGCCAUGCUGGAACCCCCAUAGUGUCUGGGAGGUGGGCACCCCAGAAACUUCAGGCUGUCAGGACCCUGCAGCUGGCCUCUGUGGCCCUGGCUGGCCUAGCUCUCACAGAACUGGGCCCAGAGGACACAGCAGGUCAGGAACCACUCGGAGUGACUGCCAGUCUCAGGCCACCCACUGCGAAAACAUGCCAGAGAAAGUAUGAUUUCAGAGUCAGUGGAUGAGCUACCAUCUAGGUGCUGAGGUUGCAGCAGCCAACCACACCGACAGGGCUCCUGCUCCACAGCUCUCAUAUUCGAGAAAAAGGAGACAGGCACUGAGCAAGCACACAUUUGAGAAUCAUUUCACAGAUGUUAAGAAGACAGCAAAGCAAGGAAGGGAAUAGGAAAUGAUUUGGGGUAGAAGGAAGGCCAUUUGGAAUAGGGAGGCCUGAGUCUGAAGGAGAUGCAGCCAGGUAAGGUGGAGCGAGAGGAGUGCCCAGGCAGGGGGCAGCUGGCGCCCAGGCCCCCGCAGCAAGCUUGGAGGGCCUGGGGAAGGCGCUGGAGGCUGUCAGCACCAGAAGGCCCAAGGUCACCUUGGAAGGGGCAGGGCCACAUGGCCUUGGAGUUGAGCUUCUCCUCUGAGCCUCACCUCCACAUUGGGUGAGAGUUGCUACGAGGGUCAAAGGAGAUACUGGUUCUUAGGGGCAAAAAAAGAAAAAAAAAUCUGUUUUUAAGGAGAAAGCAUAGAUAUUCAUGCAAGACAUAAAGAAUGUCUCUGUUGUAUGAACAUUUCAGAAUGGGGGCUGGGAAGGGGGUGGGGAGUAGGAAAGGAAAGGUCUAACAGGGCAGAUCUGGUCUGAGCUGCCAGGAUGGUCCUCGGAGGUUCCGAGGCGGAGGUCAAGGACCUGAGUCCCAGGAGCAGAGCCUUCCUGAGCCAACAUCUCGGGCCAGGCUGAGUCUCUGGGAGGAUCGGGAGGCUGUGGGAACCAGGUCGCGGGGGGCAGUGGCGGCCUGCACAGUAGCCGUCAGCACCUGUUAGCCCUUCAAGUCAAGCUGGGCCGGACCCACCGUUCACAGGCGCCCAAGAGAUGGCAGAGAGGAGGGGGCAUGAGCGGCCUGGCUCUGUGCUUGCCUGAGAUGCCACGGCCGAGGGCGGGGGAUGCAGGGGACACUUUGGCAGAGCGUGCCAGGUAGCCACUAGCCCGGGCCUCCCGCCACACCUUGUACCAGCACAGCUGGGCCCUCACGGGAGGGAAGAAGGGAGGCCAGGCUCGCACACUCGGGGCUCCCUGCAUGCACCCCGCACUCCAAGGGCCAAGGACACAACGCCACCCCAUCGUGGCAUUAGGCACCCCAGACGGUGGGCCCGAGGCCUCCCGCUUGUGCUCCUCGGCAAGCUGGCCCCGACUGCACACGAAGGUGCGUGCAAGGGAGCCAGGAGCCCCGGCCAGCCCCUGCCCUCUCGCCCCCCCAGGAAAGCCUCGGCUCCCUUGGCUACUCCAACUCCAUCAGGGGCCGGACCCGGGGCCACCCUGGCCGAGUCGUCGUGCGGCACAG